GUUGUUUUGGUCUUAAAAUAACAGAAGACAAACCAGGAUCUCUCUAUAUCCUUUCUGCUAAUAUUAAUCCAAAAAAUUGUAAAGCAAAAACUAUCACUUUUUUUCUUUUAUCUACACAACCUAUGCUUAAAACUUGUAUUUGUGAAAAAUACUAUGCAAACUUUAUUUCAAAAUUUUUCAAGAUUACUUCUUCUCAACAAAAACCUGCUCAAACUACAUUUAUGGAAAUCUCUUCAACCAUCUUAAAAAUCAAAUUUAAUAGAAUUUCUAAAGAACUCUCUCAAUUACCUGUUUCUAAAAUUACUCUUAAAAUUCUUUUUCUUCUCAACCAAAUCCAAACCCCAAAAUUACUUUUCAUUCUCAAUAUACACACUACUAUAUGA